AUGGCCAAUGAAGCAUUUUCAUUGUCACGUCGACCACACGAAAUUAAAUCCGAUGCGUUGCGAAAACCUCCUUUCGUACAAUGUUCUUCAACGGGAUGCAAUAGUUUAAUUAACCGCAAUAAAUGCGGAGGUUCGUUGGUCAGCAGAAAGCACGUCGUGACUGCUGGACAUUGCGUUGCGAGAGCAACCCCUAGGCAAGUGCACGUCACGCUCGGCGAUUACGUGAUUAAUUCUGCUGUUGAACCGUUACCUGCCUACACGUUCGGAGUGUCUCAAAUUCAGGUUCAUCCUUUUUUCAAGUUUACACCGCAAGCGGACCGCUUCGACGUCGCGGUGCUACGUCUAGAUCGCACCGCGCAUCAGUUACCCCACAUAACGCCGAUCUGCCUUCCACCGCGCGGUGAAAAUUUCCUGGGCGAGGUCGGCGUUGCGGCAGGCUGGGGCGCUUUGAGUCCAGGAUCGAGGUUGCGUCCUCAGACUCUGCAGGCGGUGCCCGUUCCCGUGCUCGAAAAUCGAGUGUGCGAAAGGUGGCACAGGUCUAAGGGAAUCGGCGUAACUAUCUACGACGAAAUGUUAUGUGCCGGUUAUAAGAACGGGGGUAGAGACAGUUGCCAGGGUGAUUCUGGCGGACCUUUAAUGUUACUUAAGCAGGGUAGGUGGUAUUUAAUUGGAAUCGUAUCGGCGGGAUAUUCCUGCGCGCAACCGGGACAACCCGGCAUUUAUCAUAGGGUAGCUCAUACUGUAGACUGGAUUACAAGAGCCAUCGGUGCUUAGUUACCAAUUACAUAGAAUAAAGGUGUUACUUACCUACACCUAAUUCUAUGCCAUUACCUUAAGUCGCUGUUGCUGUGUAGAUCAAUCACGUUUUAACUGCUUUCUAAGUAAUUUAUACCAAUUCCGCUUACAAUUCGUGAAAGUAGAGCUUACUGCGUCUCUUGAAUAUUUAUAAUAAUUAGUGAUAAAAGUGCACACCACAUUCUUUAAUUAAGCACCACUGAUCCCUAACUUUUUAACUAAUUUGUCCUGCGCAAUGGUUAACUUUAAAGUUUCAUUUGUAUUUUUAAGUAAAAUCGUUAAAUUGUAUGCUGCGAUAAUAUUCCGGUAAUUAGUUUUAAUUAUUUGUAAUUAUGUUUAAGUAAUUCAGUAAUUCCAGUCUUACAGUUA